UAGAGUUUCGGCCAAAGGCUACAGUGAAUUUUCUUCGACUCCAAAUUUUCAAGAAAAAUUCUCACAUUCAAGUUAAAAAAUCUAGCAUAAAUAAAUUCUUGUUUAAAAAACUAACCAAUGUGGACAUAUAAUAUUGUGAAUAACUUGUAAAUAUCUAUCGCUCAAAUGGAAAAGUAAAUUUCAGCAUCCCCAGAAUCUACUCGCUCUGUGUGGAUAAAAAAAAUUAAAUAUUCCUGACGAUUUUUUUUCUGUUCAUUCUUUGCCUAUUUCUGUUUUGUGCCGUUGCCGUUGUCGUCGUCGUCGUCUUCGUCGUUUGUGUCUAGUGAGGCUUCGACUUCCCUCCAAAGAAAAAAACUCAUAAGGCCAAGAAUCUAUGGCAAAUUUGUGCUUCUAUGGUGGUGUACUGCUGCUGCCUCUAGUGCCUGGCCAGUGGAUCUAGAACAAGCUAAAACUUGUUUAUAAAAAAGCUAUGAUUUAGGUUUCUGUUUUUAUUUUUCUUCGUUUUAUGUUUUAUUUGUUUGUUGUUUGUGUGCUCUGUGCUCCACUUGGCACUGUUGACUCAAAAUUGUGUAGCAUUAAGAGUAGCAGUCAAGUCUAAAAGACAAGAAAAAAACAAUAAACUUUUUGGUGGGAUAAAAACUGUUACGUAUUCUCUUGUCGAAGUCGAAGAAAUAAAAGAAGUAAAGCAAAACAUGGCAAAGUGGAGAGUUGAUUAGAAAAAAAAGAGAAACUAAAAGAAAUUAGGAAGCAGGCAAAAAAAAAAAACAGAAACAAAAUUGUGAAUUUAGUUGUGUUCGUGUUGGCAUUUCCUGGAAAGUAGCGCGUUAGCCAAAAACUUGAAUUUCUUAAAACAAUUAUUAAUGCAGAAAUGAGUUACAGCCAGAAACAAGGUCCAAGCGGUAACAGUGGUAGUGCUCCGAGCAAUCAGGCAUCGCAGCAAGCUGCCAAGGCGCUAGCUGGUAUUCAGCAGCAAAUGCAGAACCUGGUGCACGGACAGAAUGCACUACCACAAUCGUCACAGGCGGGUCUCAAUGCAUUCUUAACGCAACAGCACUAUGAGCUGCUGAAGCAACAACAGCAGCAGUUGCUAAUGUCUAAUCCCCAGCUGCAGCAGCGCUUUCAGCAGCAAAUGCAGCAAAGCAAGGAUCGUGGGGAGCCCCUGGCACUGACUCGAACGCCCGCUGCCGCAGACUUGCUCAACAAAACUUACCAGCAGCAUCAUCAGCAGCAAUCCAAUGGAAACAACGCAACGGCUUCAUUGGCGACUGUCAAUCAGUUCCAGCAGCAAAUGCAGGCAGCCAAUUUGAUACAACAGUUACAUGCAUAUCAGCAGUUUCAACAGCAGCAGCAACAACAGCAACAGCAGCAACAACAACAACAGCAGCAGCAACAACACCAUCAACAACCACAGCAGUCCCAUCACCAGCAGCAGUCGUCACACCAGUUGCAACAAAAAAGUCAUGCCCAAGCGGCUUUGGCGAGUGCUUCGGCAAUGCAAAGCGGUAAACAGCAACACAAUCAACAAAUGCAGCAGUCCCAAUAUGCCCAGAAGUAUAAUAUACCAGCUGCCGCCCACAGCAAGUCGUCUUUGGGUGGAGUGGGUAUCCCUCCGCCACCCACGGCCCUUGCCAAUCAGUUAAAACCACCUAAUCUUCCCCCCAGUACCCAGAUAACUCCGAUCCCUUCACCGCAGCACGUAUCAUCAAACAAUAAUCUAUCGUCAAAAAGCUCAUCUUCGUCGGCCAAACAAGUGCCCCCAUCGAUUUCGCUGUUGCCAGCUAAACAACCGCCGGUAUCACUUCCGAAUGCUCCAGUUGCAGCUCACCUGCAUCACCACCUGCAGAACAAGGUGCCACCAAUUUCGAUUCCAAACCAAUACACCAAUCCCGCGGUCAAUAAAGGCCCAUUGGUGAGUGCGAUCCCUCCACCUUUUCCUUCGCACUAUCAGAAAAUGAGUAGUCAAUCACAGCCUCAGCCAAUGCAGCAAACCCCUUCACCGGCAAACUCUUUUACUGCUGCAGCAAUGCAUGAACAGCAAGAACCAAAAUUGCAAACAAGUGCUGUGCCCUUGACUAAACAACAAACACAGCAUCAGCAACAACAGCAGCAGCAGCAGCACCAUCUUCAGCGACCACCGCCAUCAUCUUCGUCGUCGUCGAGUAUUGUUUCUAUAUCGAGUUCGCCAGCUAAAGCGCCCAUUGUAAGCCAGGCUAAUCCAGAACAAGUAGCUUCUUUGAUACCUUUACUUCCACACACUAAGGAACCGACUGAUGAUGUAGUAAAGGCCACUCCCUCACCACCGGCGGCAGCAGCAGCAGCAGUAGUAGUAGUUCCGCCACCUGCACCAGCAACACUUCCAACGCAAGUACCGGAGCCCAAGUUGAAUUCACCUGAUCCGGCACCGCCGAUAAAGAAACCAAUUGAAACAGGUGUCAAUAGUUCAGUGGAAACAUCGCCCGUUCGGCCAAUCAAUGAACCAGAGUCAACAUCUCCAACAGAUCUAGAAGCCAAAAACGGCAAUAGAGUUGAUGAGGUGACGAGUGUAAGCGUUGCUCCAGAAGUCUUGCUUGUAACCACAAAAACACCUGCUGUGGAAGCUCCAGUCGAGGUUUUGCCUCCAUCAGUUGAAACAAAUCAGACAAAAGUUGACAAACCAGAAGAUAACAAAAAUAUACAAGAACUUUGUUCAAAACCCAGGGAAAAAAUGGAAAACCAACAACAACAACAUACACCAGGCGAUGAGAAAAAGAGCUGCAAUCCUCCUUCAACAGAAACCCCACAUGACACAUCUGAUGAAAAAUCUAAACCAUCUGCAGAAGAAGAAAGUCCAGCAAGUGAUCUCUCGUCCACAGAAGUCAAUAAAUCAAAUGACACUUCAAAUAAUACAUCCUCAUCUAGUGACGAACAACAGUCAAGUGAUUUGAUCAAGCCCCAAGAUAUUGUAGAUGCACCAGCUCCACCAGCUGAAAAAAACAACAAACAAGAAGAAAUAGUCGAAAUUCAACCACCACCAAAAGACAAAGAAGAAAAUGAAACAAAAUCACCAGUAGAAACAGUUCUAGAAAUCCCAGAUAAAUGUGAGAAGCCCGAAACAGCUACCGCCUCGGCUAACGCAACCGAACCCGAAACAGUUGUUAUCGUUGAAAAAUCUGGGGCUAAAGUUGAAAAAGACGAUAAAAAACAUGUUGAAAAGGCAAAGGUCGAAAAACCAGUUGCCAAAGCUAAUCAAUCGGAAAAACCAUUAGCAAAAUCAAAAUCUCCAAGGCAGUCGAAAUCAGUGGCUGCUGCCGCAAUUUUAGCAGAGGCUUCCGGGCAGACAUCUAGCGAAAAGAAAAAAGAUUCUUCAGCUGUUAAAUCAAAAACAAAAAUCGAAAAAGAAGUCGCUCUCGCCCACUCUCCAUCACCGACAAAACCCGCCGAAAAGGCUGAUAAGAAAAAACCUCUUAAUAAAACUAAAAAAUCAAAGGCAUUAACAACAACACCGUCUACGCCUAGCGAUCGCAAGAGCCAACGUCAUCGUCUAAAAACUAUAUUGUAUCAGAGUCCGUUGCCUGAAUUGGCUUUCAUAACAAAAUUGUCGGCCAGCGAAGCUUCCAACUCGCCCAAGCCACACAUGUCAAAUGAGGACAAGUUGAUUGUUUUCUACAAGAACGAGUAUAUGGCAGUGCGUAAUGCUGAAGGCAGUUUCUUCCUUUGUCAGACUCUGCAAAACGUGUACCGAUCGUCGCCUCGCAUAACCAUUCGUUGGUUAUCGGAGGACAAAAAGGACAACACUGUUUUUAUACCAGACUUUUACGAUCACACAGAUAUUGAAUGUGUCUUGACGACUGUGGACUUAAAGAAAAUCGAGAAGGGUCAUCUUAGAUUACCCGAAGCAGAAAAAGCUCGGAUCGAGAAUAUUUUGAAAAAAGCAAUAGAUGUUGAGAAGGGAAUAGUUCCCAGACCCGAUGUAACUGAGGAAAAUCCCGAUGGCUUGGAUAUUUCGUUAUACAAAGAUGAAUCUCAAAUAGAAAAGAAAUUAUCGCAAAGUAGUUCUAGAAAAAGGGGACGUUCUGCAAGAAUUCGUAGUCAAAGCAAAACUAAGUCACCAUCUAAGAAGAAGAAGUCGAUGUUGAUAAAAAAGAAGAAAAGGAAAAACUACGAUGGUAAUGAAAGUAAUACAACCGAUGAAGAGAGUGAAGAGGAAGGCGAUGAUGACGAUGAUUCGGAUGUUGAUAUGGAAUACAAGCCUACCAGUAGCCGCAAAAAAUCUGCUCAGAGCAAUGCAACACAAAGUACCAAGUCACUAAGGGCUCAAAGAUCGCCACUUGCUAGAGCGCGUGCAGCUUCUCCAUUAACCCCGACUACGUCCAGAUCCAAAACAUCCGUGCCUGAAAAGAACGAAAAUCCCACAUCAGCGUCUUCAGUGAAUAGUAGAAACGAUCGAGCUCUCAAACGAAGAGCCGUAGAAGGUACCAAUACCAAGGCAGAGAUUUCAACAAAAAAAUCAACAGCGGUAGCUCCUCAAAAAACAACUAAAGCAGUAGGAGUAGACAAAAAUUCUAGUAAAUCAGAAGGAUCUGCUGAAGAAGAUUCUCCAAAAUUGGAGAACAAAACCGCUGUAGUAGCGGCAACAUCAACCAAAAAGAUUCGAACUGGUGGAGCAGCUACAAUAACACCACCAACAGCUCCAACCCCAUCAACGUCUGGAACCCGACCAACCAGAAGUCGAAAGUAAAAUUAUAGCAUUUUUCUAGCCUUUCCCUCCGUUAUAUCAAUUCCCCCCAAUUUAAGAAUAGCCACAUUUAGAACAACUUUAGUCCCUUAACACACAACCACAUAUGUAAACUCUCUUUUAAAGAUUUAAGAACAUAAAAAUUAGAUAAGAAAAAAGUUAGCGAGCACCUUAAUAAGAAGAAAUUAAUAACCUCAUCAAAGAGGCAGCUAGAAACGACAAGAUAAUUAAAAUUAAGGAGGCAAUGAGAACGACGCGACGUGACGGGCGAAGAGUGCUAAAAACAUUUAAAUCACUUAAGCAUUAUUAGAGUAUUAUAAGUAGUUGAAAGUGGUGAGCGCAAUCUUUUGAUUUUAAAACAGGUUUUGUUUCUGCAAUCGUUUUUUUUUUCUUACUUCUUUGUUAAAUUUUAAACUUGACAUAAAACAUUGAAUAAUUAUAUUAAAAGUUUGUUUAAGCAUAUCUGCUCAGUUUAUAAGAAUAAUAUUCAUACUUCCCCCUUUUUUUUGAAUAGAUAACAGUUUUUUGUAAUCUUUAUACAUUUUUGUGUAGAAUUUAUUAAUAACCGGACCCUUCACUCACUAAAAUAAAACUUAAAAUUAUACAUAAUAAAACAUAAACAUUAUUAUUAUAAGAAAAAGUAUUUGUUAAGCUAUACAAUUUUAUUGUACAUUUUCGAAUUAAUGUACAAAAAGUAACAACAACAAAAACAAAAAAAUAUUAACAAAAUUUGUAUGAUUUAUUUUGUAUUCUUUUGGGGUAAAGUAAAAUAAUUAUAUACAUAUAUAAAAAUAAAAUAUAUAUCAAGCAUAUAUUUUUCAUUAGUUUAGGCUUAUAUAAUACAAACAAAAUUCUUAUAUAGAUUUAUAAUAUAAAAACAAACCGAUAAACAAUUUUAAAAAGAGAGAUAAAUAAUAAUAAAAAUGAAAAGAAAAAACGCCAUUUGUGGCACAAAACAAAAACAAAUUUAAUAAAAAUCUUAGUUUCUUCUUAAAAAAAUUAAAGUAAAAUCAUCAAAAUAAAAUUAAAACAUAAAAUCUAAGAUAAAACAUUUAAAUAAACAAACUUUUGAGGAAGUGGUAGUAGUUAUCGUUUAAAAUUUAUAAUUAAACAGAGAUUAAAUGCAAUAUUUCUGAGCUGUAUUGUUUUAUUUUAUGUCCUUUCUUUUGAAUAAUAAUAAAUAAGAACAAAUUGAUUUUAAUUUAAGUUUGUGAAAUAAACCGUAAGCAAAUACAAUUAACAUUAACAUUAAUACCAUACUAAAGCAUGCGUAAACAAAUAAUAUAAAACAAAGUCUAAUAAUGUUUCACAAACAAGAAAGUGUUUUAAGAAAAUAAAGAAUUAAAUUCAUUUUGAAAUUAAAAAAGUAUAUAUAUAUGUAUAUGAA